UUCGCGUUUCUAAUCGCAAAGCGCGACGCGAGCGGUCAAAAUUGAAUGUGAUUUAUCGGGACAUGCGGCGUCGUAUAAUAUAUCAGUGGAGGCAACAGGCGAAAAUAAUAGUUUGGAGAAUGUAGACGAUAUCAAUGCGCAACCGGGUGGCAGUGUCUCUGACAGCGCAAUUAUCUGGCCUCGCUUGCGGUUGUACGCCAACCCCUUUUAUUAUCGCCAUCCCCAGAAUCAACGCUCCUAUCAUACACGUUCUACCCUAAUGCUUGCGUAUUGCCGAGGAUUGUCAGAUGAUAUCUAUCGAGCCUUGUUAUAGAUAGAUAAAGGGAAAUCGAACGAAAAUGACUGACGACCAAACCGAAGAAGAUACCAUGACGGAUUACGUCGAUGAGACGACCACCGAUGCGCAGGAUACCGAUCUAACCGAGUAUACGGACGAGAAAGAGAGAACAUAUCAGAGUGAGGUGACCGAAGUUGAGGUGACAGAAGGCGAGGCAACCGAGGACGAAGGAAGGCCUGUAGCAUCUAGAAUACUUCGCACCAAGUAUUUGCCACGAAGACCGAAGGAUCUCGGCAGAUGGAUGAAGAGAUGCAUGGGGCAGAAAUGGAAAUGCGACGUGCCCCUUUGGCAACUUUAUAUAAACGCAGUCGUGGAGGACGAGGAUCAACGGAAGAGAGAGGAUAUCUUCAAACACAGGAGGCCCGCCACCCUUCAAAAAUUUCCCCAAGUUGUUUCGGAGGAAGAUUUCACCGUGCAUCAUAAGUGUUUACCCGUUAACAUGUUUCAAUUGCGAGACGAAUUGGAAUUACCUGAUAGGAUAGAUCGGACGAAGAUGAUACGAAUAUGGCGCAACAUGAGGGCGAAUUUGCCCGUAGAAUCGAAAUCCGACACAGCGAUAGAAAAACCAAUAUCAGUAAAGACCGAGGACGAUAAAUGGCCUGGCAGGUGGCCGUGCACGACACGAGACAUGACCAGAGAAUUGCUGGAAAGACGAAAACAGAAACGGAUGAAACGAAAAGAUUUGUUCCCCUGUGACGACGCUUUCGACAUAUUGGAGGACCAAGCCAAUGAUUAUUCCGAUCGUAAAGAGUUAGGCCAUGCCCGGAUUCCACAAAUAUGUAUCCUACCACAUAAAGAGUCGCUAGUCGAUCGGUGUACCGGUGAAAAAUUUGGUUUGGUCGAUGGUGAUUACAUCAUUUUCGAGUUACCCUCUAAAUCGCGUGGAACAAGGAUCUACGCUGAUGUAUGCCUUCGUGGAAUGAAGGGUAUGCAUUUGCCAGAACUGAGCGUGAUGAGAGCGCGUAAAAAUACGUGGAAAUUCUGCUUUUAUCAAGGAAUCAUUGCACUUCUGGCUAAGACACAAUUGAGAUACAAGUAUGCUUGGAGCGCAAACAUCGAUUAUAUCUAUGAUCACGCGUGGAUGUUGUACACCCACAUCGGUAUGAUAAACAUCAAGGAGAAACAAAGGCUGGACGACAUCGUGGUGUACAAUUACAAGUACAGCAUCGAAGUGAAAUUGAUUCAAGAGUUGAACGACGUUCCAGUCAUCACGGACAUUCCAUGGGAUUACGAGGAGAAAAACAUGAAGCAGAAAAUGAUCAUGGAACGUAAGGAUUUGAUAAACGUUAAACUAGAGAUCGGGUCUGAAAAAAUAACCGACGACCAAAGGAUGCCGGUUCACAAAGGGACCAAAAAAAUCGAGGAGUGGUUCGACAAAUUGAAAAUACGUUAUCGUAAUUGUAUAAUUCGCACUACCCGAUUCAGCCUUGCGUUCUGGAAGGAUAAUCUAUUCUGGUAUCUGUACAAUCCAUACCGUUGCAACAAAUUCGGUUAUUGGGACGACGAUGGAUACGCUUGCAUCAUGAAAUUCUGCUCGAAGGAAUCGCUCAGAAGACAUCUGAUGAUCCUUCUAUUAAGGGCAUACGUUUACAGCCCUCCAAAACCGGAAAAAGAGCCGAAAAAGGAGCCGGAAAAGGAACCGGAAAAGGAACCGGAAAAGAAGCCGGAAAAGGAAGCGGAAAAGAAGCCGGAAAAGGAAGCAGAAAAGAAACCGGAAACGGAAGCAGAAAAGAUAACUCCCGAGAAAGAAGCAGAGAAACCAGCAGAGGAUGUGACCGAACCAGCAACCGCGGAUCUACCGAAAACAGAGGCGCCAAUUGCCGAAGAAGUAAUUUUCGAAGAGAAGUUCUUCACGAUUCAAAUCUAUCACGUGACCCAUCUCUGUUGCCAAAUCCACAAUUUGAAGUUGUUGCAACGAGGGGCGCCCAAGCCAGCUAGGCGGUCCGUUAGGAAGAAGACCAUCGACGAUUGUCCCUUCGAUCCCCUAGAUGUGAGAGAUCCUUGCACGAUCGAGCAAGAAGAGGGCGAUCUGAAGGAGCCUAUCGAGAAGCCAACGUGGUUGAAAUUGUACAAGAUCACUUGGGCCAAGGGGUUGUCUCUCCCCCAGAAGAAGAAGGGGAAAGAAUUCACGGUAGGGAAGAUGCGGUGGCAUCAAUACGUCGUGGAAGAAUCGAACAAAUUGUUCUCGUUGUGGGGCGAGAUUCACAUCACGGAUGGGAUGUUCGAGAGGGAGAAUCGUGGUAUGCAAACUUAUGCUUGUUACGUGGUUUGCGCCGGUAUGACAAGAAUCAUGGCGCCGGAAUAUUGGAGCUCGAAGAUCCUCGACGUGAUCGUCAUGUGCGGUGACAGAUAUUACACUCACAGUAAAGUAGAGGCGGAGUUCAAAUCCACGAAAAAUGAAUACAGCCACGUGAAUUGUUGGAACAGAUACUUGAUGAGUCAUUUCAAGAUAGGCGAGACUAUGUUCGAGGCGAAAGUGUUGCCAGCGAUUUGCGGAAGAUUGUACGCAAAAUCGGGGAAAUAUCUGUGGCAAUCGUUGGAGCAGAUGUUCCUCAAGUACAAUUUUGGCAUUUUAACGUGCGAGAGCUCGUGUUUGGGUAUCUUCAAGUUCUGCGGAGCUUAUUACAUGUGCGACGUGAACUCUUUGGGACCACCGUUGUUCUCUUACGGUGAAGGGGCCGUUUAUCUGUUGAGAGCAACGUAUUUCUUGAAAUUCGUCACUGUUCUGGUAUUGACCAUCGGUUCACCUGAAUGCAGCCAAUUCGCGUUGAAUCCUAUCGAGAUAUUGAAAGUCGUGGACGUUGGUCCAUCAGUAUUCCCCGUCACAAGAGACAAGAAGGACAGGAAGAGGAUGCCCAAAACGGAGUGCCCGUACGACGAGGAGAAGAAAAGACAGAUGAGAAGGUGGAAACACAAGAGGGCGGAAACAACGCGAACGAUUGAUAAAUUGUGUUGUAAAGGUCAAAAUGAUCGUUGAUUCUCUUUCAAAUUAUCUUGCUGUGAACGUGUACAUUUUGUUUUGUAUAUAAAAAUUUGUGAGAAAUGUAAAGAGUAAUUUCGUAGUUCGAAUUCUUUAUGAAAUUGUCUCUAAAUUGAAUGUUAUUAUGAUACAUAUUUUAAUCUGAAAAAAAUAAAGAAUCAAUAUUAAAAAAACUUU